CGUCUUUUGGCGUCACAGCACAUUAGGGGCGUCAACAACGGUGCCUUCUGCACAGCGGCGCGGACAAGGCGUCUGUGACGACAUCUUUCUGAGACGCCACGCGGACUUCCGCAGAAGAAGAAAGAGUUUGCCGCGUCUUAUCGCUCUCCUUUUGUGCUGCUUUCUCCUUUAGAGUCAUGGGGCCAUCGCUGUGGAAGGGACUGGUAGGCCUUGCCCUCUUUGCCCUAGCCCACGCCGCCUUUUCCGCUGCGCAGCAUCGUUCUUACAUGCGGUUAACAGAAAAGGAAGAUGAAUCGCUUCCGGUAGAUAUAAUUCUUCAGACACUUCUGGCCUUUGCAUUUACAUGUUACGGUAUAGUUCAUAUUGCCGGAGAGUUUAAAGACGUGAAUGCCACUUCAGAACUGAAGAAUAAGACAUUUGACACCUUAAGGAAUCACCCUUCCUUUUAUGUAUUUAAUCAUCGUGGUCGAGUACUGUCCCGGUCCUCGGAUGCAACAAAUGCUUCAAGCCAAGAUUCAUUGACCUCUGAUGCCUCAUUGAAGUUACGAAAACACGAGUCGCUGCGCAGGAACAUCUAGUCUUACCAGCCUCACUGACUUAAGACUUCAGGAGUUUCUGCAAACUUCUUAACUCUGAAGACACAAGGACAAAUCACCUUUAUUUCACUUUGGAUAUUCACCUCUUUGGGUUUAGAGGCCUUUUUCUCUCACAUUCUGGAACACCAUUGACCUCAAGUUUUGACUCCACUUUCUAAGUACUUAUGGAAGGAUUAUCAGAAGCUUCCACAUGGGACUGAUAUGACCUAUUGUAAUCAGAGUUCUGGCAGCCACAUGAAGACUGGGCCAAGUCAUCCAUGUCACUUUCAGAGAGUAGGCUGCCAGUGGGUUGUGGAGUAGUUUCCCUCUGACUUAGUAGCCACUGAGCCAUGUGUGCUAUGUGCUGUGUGCUGCCCUGUGUAACAGAAGCCACCAGGGAAAAAGCUGCCUACUUCAAUCUCUGGACAUAAAACUGCAUUUCCAGGCCAGACCUACUGCCAAUCUCUGACACCUGCUACUUUGUGUCACUAGUGCAUCCCCCACAGGCCAUGCAAAGUCUCCUGCAGCUUGCAGGACCCAGUUCUGCCUGUCCUGUUGGUGAUGGUGGAUCCUGAGCUUCAUGACUUGGGCUGUGUGGUCAGGGAGCAGCCUUGGAGUGGUGGAUCUGGAGGGGCUCUAAUGUACUUGCUUAAUUCAUUAAAUUUAGAAUCAUUUACUUUGACAGUAAUUCAUGUUAUAUCUGUAUCAACAUUUAUCAUGUAUUCUAGUUAUAUAGUUAUCUGAAAUGUAUAUGUCCUUUAUAUGUGUAUACAUCUCUAUCUCUGAUUCAGACAAGACUGUGAGUGGACACAUUUUCUGAUUGUCCUCUCUGGCUCCAUCAGAGUCUCAGUCCCUCAGGACCAGUGAGAGCAGAACAGUGAAAAAGUGGCCCCUAAGAAGCCAGGCCUAGCUCUGAGGCCCUAGUGUCUCAGACUCAUCCUAGCUGUGGCUCUGAGAUUGGUUCAGUGACAUGGGUGUUGGCAUUUCCCUGGAUUCCCUUCCAGGCCAACCUGUGAGCAGAGCUCUUGGCUCCAGCAGGUCCUUAGCCUAUUCCUCAGGAGAGAAAUUGCUUCCUCUAUGGCCCAGGGCCAGAGUCCAGAGCUCUCUUCCAUUCGGGCCUGACCUCAAACCAAGCCCUGGUUUGAGACCUCUUUUCCAAAAGUCACAUUUAUUCCAGUGCCUGCUGUGCUGGCCUGAGUUCACAAUCCGCAUUUCCACACUUAAGCCAGCAUUGCCAGUUGAUAAUUGAAAUUUGACUUCUUUGUCAUCUUCAGGACCUGACUUCUUUCAACCACACCAGAUUUAUGCCUUCGAUGUCCAUUGAACUUCAAAAUGUGGCCAUAUUCUAACACCUACACUGCAGCCAGUCCCCUCCUUUGAUUUACUGAACACUAGCUUUGUUCUCUCCAGAUUCAUUAUUUUUGAUUAAAAGCUCAAUGCACCCAUGUCUAACAGGUAUUGUCCAAACUGUCAUACACAAAUCUGAUGGUCAAGAACAGCUUCAAAGGAAGAGGUGAUGUGUGAAGCAGGUUAUUCUCUGAGCUCUGGAGACUAGCCAGUUCCCCUUCUCAAAAGCCUGUGAGGAGUGUGGUAUGGGAGAGGUAGAAUGCAGAGUCACAGUGUAUCUGAGACUGCACCUGUUGCCUCAGCAGUCCUUAUUACUGAAUAUGGGAGCUCUGCACAGGACCCAUCUGCGCUUUCAGGAGCCUCAUAACCAGUUAUGUAAGGUUUUCUGGGAUGCAAUGGCAAAGAUUAAAUCAGGAUCUCUCAGCUUCUGCCCACCCUGUAUCGUUACACCCUCUGGGGUUGUUCAGGGCCUCUUCCCUAAAACUCCAUCUGAGACCACUCUCUUUCAAGAAUUCCAAGUGAACUGAUUGUCUUUUAUCCUUAAAUAUUUUGUCAUAUUAUUGGGAAGAGGAAUUGCUUGAGUAUUGUACAGAAUCUGUAAGGUCACAUUCUUGAAAAUGAGUGAAAAGUCUCAAGAUAUAAAGGUCUAAAAUGAAAAUAUUGUAAGAUGUGAGCUAAAUCAAACCCAUCAUUAAGUGGUGAACAAACUUCAUAAUAAAAGCAGGAACUUGAUCUUAGAGACACUGGGAAAGCAGAAGUAACACUUUGCCCUUACCAAACAGGAACCUUGUACAGAUCUGUGCCCAGCCCCCCAGACCAUGUGGCAGCUGGGCCUCUUCACAGCAGGCUGUGUCUCCCCACUGUGCCACUUGCUACCUAAUUUCUGUUUUCUUUGUGAUCAUUCAUAGCCAUACCCUGAAAACAUCUUCCAUGAAGAUAUUUGGAGUGACGGCAGCAAUGAGCUUCAGUGUGUAGGAGAACAAAGCUGUGACUCUGAAGGCAACCAUGUGCAGUAAGAAUGAAGUGGCCUUGUGAAUUCAGAGUAGGAGGGCUUCAGAACUCACUGAAGUCUCCAUUUGGGGAACAGAAAGAAAUAAACUCAGAGUGUCCCAUACAGGAGGGCAGGUAGUGACAGUAGGAAAGGAGCUAUGAUUUCAGAUCUGUUCCUCUGCUCCCCAUGAUCAUUAGCAGUUGAUGAGUCACUACAGGAUCUCAGGGCAGGGCCUGAAAUUUACAAUGCUCAGGCUCUAAAAUGGAGGACUGGGUAACAGUGUACUCACUGUGGAUUCUCAAUAUUUGAACUCAAUUUGCCAGAAUUUAAAAUGUUUCAUUAUAGAAACAAAACUGUACUUUAUAGGACUGGUGAUGUAGCUCAGUGGUGUAGCGCCUGCCUGGCAAACACAAGGCCCCAAGUUCGA